UCGCGGGCGGGGACGCGGCUUCCGCGGGGCCGCCCCCGCGAGGGGCGCAGCUGCUGUCGGCGCUGUUCUACGGGACCUGCUCCUUCCUCCUCGUGCUGGUCAACAAGGCGCUGCUGACCACCUACCGUGGCCACGCUUUCACGGGGCCCGGGCUUCGCCGCGGUCCGAGGGCCACCCCGCGACCCAGCGAAGUGGCAGCUCCGCAGCUGGACCUGCGCGCCUCGACGCUCUGAGGCGCGGGGCAACGACGCGAGCGGUCGGAGCCUGUCGGUAAAGGCGAACGGUUCUUUGUGCAAACCUGGCUCGACAGUCAGAUGAGACCUGAGCGGAGAAGUUUGUUCGCAUUGUUGGAUCAUUCAUUCUGAAAUACCAGCGCGUUCAUGGAAAACAGAAGUUCACGUGAGUUUCCCAUCACCAGUGAUUCUGGGAAUUGGACAAAUGGCAGCUACCAUAAUGAUACUCUAUGUGUCCAAGCUAAAUAAAAUAAUUCACUUCCCUGAUUUUGACAAGAAAAUUCCUGUAAAGCUGUUUCCUUUGCCUCUGCUGUACGUUGGGAACCACAUAAGUGGAUUAUCAAGCACGAGUAAAUUAAGCUUGCCGAUGUUCACCGUGCUCAGGAAAUUUACCAUUCCACUUACUUUACUCCUGGAAACCAUCAUACUCGGGAAACAGUAUUCCGUGAACAUCAUUGUCAGUGUCUUUGCCAUCAUUCUUGGUGCUUUCAUAGCCGCUGGUUCUGACCUUGCUUUUAACUUGGAAGGCUAUAUUUUUGUGUUCCUGAAUGAUAUCUUCACAGCAGCGAAUGGAGUUUAUACCAAACAGAAAAUGGACCCGAAGGAGCUGGGGAAGUACGGGGUGCUCUUCUACAACGCCUGCUUCAUGAUUGUGCCCACUCUCGUCCUCAGCGCCUCCACAGGGGACCUGCGGCAGGCUACUGAAUUCAACCAAUGGAAGAAUGUUCUAUUUCUCAUACAGUUUCUUCUUUCCUGUUUUUUGGGGUUUCUGUUGAUGUACUCCACAGUUUUGUGCAGCCAUUACAAUUCGCCCCUGACGACGGCAGUGGUUGGAGCCAUCAAGCAUGGCGGGGGGCUUGAGAUACUCCUUUUUAACUCUGAGCAGCCAGUUAAAACCGAAACCACUGGCGGACGAAGAAAGCAUCCCGCCGGAUUUGAAGGGCUAGAAUCUGGGACAGAAUUGCAGACUGACUGGCAGACUGGGGCCGGGGAGGAGGGUGGGGCCGGGCCAACCCAGGCGCGGGAGUGUGAAGCCUGGUGUUUGGGUCCUGGGAGCCCCCCUACGGCGCCGCCCCGUUAAAGCAUGAACAGGAGUGUCUGCAAAACACAGGGAGAAUGUACCUCACAGGCCGCGGCCCCGAUCCACCGCCCCCCGCGGAAGCGUGGGCAGCGCCUCCCCGCCCGACGGCGCGUCCUCUCGGCACCGGCCGGCGUCCGCCGCGCGCGCUUGAGAGGGGCCGAGGGGUCGAUGCUGGGAUGGCCUUUAUUUCCUUCUUGGCACCUUGGCCUUCGUUUCAAAGCUCCCAGCCAAAGCGACGUGCCAGUGUGAACACUUUUUCGGCUUAAACAGACGUCUUCAUUUUAAUAAAAUCAGUCAAUUAACUGCUAGUAAAGUUAUUUGUUAGCUUUGAUUUGAUCUUAUAUGUUGGUAUCUUUUCCCAAUCAAAAUAAAAUAAAGAAUAAUUUAUAUGCA